AUGGAGGUUCACGGCAUCUCCUCAUUCACCACAACUCCUACUGAUGACAGCCGAACAUAUUGUCCUGGAUUCAGUAGAGAUUCUGUGUCCAUGGAGAAGGUAUACCUGUAUCUCAUCGACCCUGAAGCUUCAAUCGCGCUAAAGGAGAUUGCUGAACUUAUUAUCCUUUCUGGCCAUGAUCCAAAACUUUGUCAUAUCUAUAGUGAAACCCGCUACAACAAAUUAAUGCAGUGCCUUUAUCUGCUUGGUGUUCAGAUUGAGCCAAAAAUCCACAGCCCAGCAGCAGCUACUGCUGAAGGUGGAUACAACCUGAAGCUAGACUGUAGAAAAGUGAAACUGUGGAUCGAAGGACUCAAAAUUAUUGUUGUCACAGUCAUUCCUGAGGAGCGUUACGCUUGUGCUCAGAUUUUCGGGUGCGAUAACACAGUUGAGGAGGAUUGCUUCGCCGGAGCCACCACACGUUGUACUCAACAAUUGCUCGCAGGAGGAAGUGUAAUGACCAAAGUGAAGGACCAGCAAUAUGAAAAAAUGCCCUUACUCCUACAAAUGCACGAGGAACUGGCAAAGAUUCGACCAAGCCUACUAGACCUGUUGCCUGGCGAUGCCAAGGACGUGAUCAGUCAGGAGGCCAGCAUGCUUCUCGAUAAGCUUGGGGAAGCAUCUCUGCCUACUGUUGGGUUUCUUGAGUUUAUGGUUCAAUCGCGAACCAGAUGA